AUGUUGCCAACUUUCGGUUUCCCCAAGAUGACUGCGUUCUUCUUCAUCUUGUUUCUUGCCUCUUUUGAAGCAAAAUUGGCCUUGCAAAGGAAUAAGACGGGUGAAAUUUCGGACCAUUUCAUCAGUAUUAAUAAUGAUGAUGAUAAAUUUCAUGCAACAACGCACUACACGUUUUUCCCGAACAAACCCAGAUGGAACCGAACAUCUCCCAUAAAACUAAAUUACACUUUCUUACCAGACCACAUGAUUAAGAACUUGAGUCUAGCGGAUAUUCGGCUUGCAUUCCAACGGGCCUUUAGAUGUUGGGCUGCGGUGAUUCCGAUGACAUUCAUAGAAACAGUUGAUGCAAUUCAUGCGGACAUCAAGAUUGGAUUUUAUUUCGGAGAUCAUGGCGAUGGAUCUCCGUUUGAUGGGCCGAUGGGAGCAGCGGCCCACUCUUUCCCCCCCGAAUAUGGGUUUCUCCAUCUCGACGGAGCUGAGCGUUGGGUCGUUGAUAAAGAUAAACUGAAAAUGGAAAAUUCAGUAGAUUUAGAAUCAGUAGCUGUCCAUGAAAUUGGGCACGUGCUAGGGUUAGAACAUUCUACAGUGAAGAAUGCAGUUAUGUACCCUUAUACGCCAACUCAGAAGCAAAAGGUGGAUCUUUCCAAAGAUGACGUAGAUGGAAUACAACAGUUAUACGGAGCGAACCCUAAUUUCAAACCCGGCCCUAAUUGGGAGAGUUCGAGUUGGAAGAAAAAAAUUGGAGUUUUUGCACCACUUGUUGAAAGUGAAGACAACAUAAACUGGCUAGCCAAACUUACGUAUGAAUAUGAAAGCACAACCAGAUUAAUGGACCAGAGGUCCCGAUACCCGGUUUUUGAAACAGGCCCGGUUUUGAAAAACUGGCUUGAGGUAAACAGCAGACCUGAACUUUUGGGGGCUGUCCGAUCUGAGAGACUGGCCGGUUCUGUGGAGGAGUCAAAGGCGUCCUUGGAUCGACGCCGGAUCUUCGGGGUCGCCAUUAGCAGACAUCGGCGGCCGAUGGAGUGUUGGUCGUCGGUAGUCCUUGUGGAAGGAACGGAGAAGCGGCAAGGCAUCAGAGGAGCAAAAACUUCCGGCCAACAAUCAAAUCUGAAGCAAAGGCUUCAGACAGAUCCGACCAUCGGUGCACGAAAGGACACCGUUGGGGGAACCUUCAGAUCUAAAGCAAACGUUAGAUCUGCACCCGUCCACAAGGGUGGUGGGGUGUGGCGGCAGCGGCGUAUUUCUGGCCGGCGACAGGAGGCUGUAAGACUCUAA